CACUUAUGGCUUCCAGUAGAUAGCUACAGUAUGAAGUCAAUAUUGAAAAUUUAUUAUUACCAACUAGCUAUGAUGUACACUUUGUAGUUUUAAAAUUAAGUUUAAGCCACUGUAUGAUUUAGAAUUUUGUGACUUAAAAUGGAAGGAAGAGAUUCCACUGAACUUUUUACAUUUUCUGGUGACAGUCCUACAAAAGAAGAAAUGGCUGCUGAAAGGCAGUUUGUUUGUGUUGAAUGUGAUCAGAGAUUUUUGUACCAUAAUAGUUUGAUGAAACACAUGAGGAAAUUCCAUUUAGGGAGCAAACCACAUGUGUGUGUUGAAUGUGGCAAAACUUUUGGUUCACUUAAUAACUUGCGACGGCACAUGCUCAUUCACACUGGUGAUAAACCCCAUACUUGUCCCCUUUGCCAGCAAAGUUUUGCUCAAGACAGUCACCUCACACGACAUCUUCGGAGACAUUUUAACGAUAAACCUUUUGAGUGCCCUACUUGUUGCAAAAGGUUUACUGAUAGUGGCGUAUUAAGAAUUCACAUGAGGAUACAUUCUGGAGAAAAACCUUUCGCUUGUACUCUUUGUGACAAGAAAUUUUCACAAAAUGGUAAUCUUGAAAAGCAUAUGAAAGUUCAUUCUAGUGAAGAUCUGGUGUUUAAGUGCACUUACUGUGAGAAAGAAUUUUCUAGUAACAGUCAUCUUCACAGUCACUUAAGAGUUCAUAAUCCCGAGAAAAAGUUUGAGUGUACCUAUUGCAACAAAAAGUAUUCAAGUUUCAGUGGACAUUAUAAGCACAUGAAAAUGCAUGAUCAGGAAGGUAAUUAUGGUGUUUUGCAAAGACGUGCAAUUGUUCCUACAAAAGAAAAAAAAUAUAUUUGUACUGUGUGUGAGAAAAAAUUUCAGAGUUUUAGUGGACACUAUAAACAUAUGAAAAAACAUAAUUAUAAAUCAAAUGAGCAUGGAGAUCUUAUUAGGAAUAAGGGUUAUCCACAUGAUGAAAGUGGAAGUUCUGGUCUUCACAUUCUAUCCAGUGAAGAGCAGGAGUUUUCUGAAAGUGAGAAUGAAGGUUGGUUGGGUGAGGAUGAAAAUGAGGGUGAUCAUACAGAGUGUAAACAAUAUAUGAAAGAAAUUAAGGAUGUAUAUACUUUUACACAGGAAUUAGAGGAUAGGUUAGAAGAGAAUGUAUGUUUGCCUAAGGAAAAAAAUCUAACUUGCAAGCAAAAUGAGGCACACCUAAGAAAAGAAGGGACCUUUUACUGUCAUGGUGAUCAAGCAAAGAAUUCAGAGGAAGGUGGACUACACUCUUUGGCUAUAAAAGAAGAAAGAAAAGGUGAUGAUAACAUAAUAGAUUAAUAUUUUAUUACAUGAUUUUCAUCAUUGCAAGAAACAAAACUUGUUUUAUCCUACAGAAAUACAAACCAUUUUCUUUAAAUAGAAAUUUUCUGCAGAGCAAGAUGGAAUCAGUAAUUGGAACUUGGUAAGAAGGUAAUUAACAAGUGGCCAUGGGAUGUGAGUGUUGAGAUACCCUCACCUCACCAAGCACCUUUUCUUUACUGCUGUUGAGAGGACGGCUUGCUGUCCUGCUGACUGCUGAGUUUGAACUUAUGUUUUGAGUAGUAUUUUGUUUACUUUAUUAUAGAAAAAGAGCAUUAAGUGUGAAAGGUGUGAGCAGUUGUAUGUUGUCCUUCUUGCCCUCCAUCUAGGUGGAUCCCCACUGCUUCUACUUCUUUUUUGGCAUAGCACCCUCCUUUCCUGUGUUGCAGUCCUGUUGUCAUUUCUUAUUUUUCAUCAUAGAAAGAAAAUAGAUGCAUAUUUGGAAUCCUUGUAAAAAGUUAUACCAGAAUCAGGUCUUAUUUUUCCUCUGGAGACUAUUGAGUUCCACAGAAAGGGGUCGUCAUCUGAUGCUUCUUCACCUCUCUCCUAAAAGGCUUCCCGAAGGUAGUUUCUCUGCCCUCCUAAGAAGCCUCGCCUCAAGAUUUCUAAAAGGGAACUGUAACGCAGCCCUCAGGGUCUAGUGUCUUGGGAGCCCCAGGAGUUCGGACCAAGUAAGUCUCUCAGUGUACAACCUCCAAAGAGGGCCCUACACCCACAGUCAGUGAUGGGGAGUCUUCUUUCUGUCAUGACAGUGAUGCAGGGUGAGAGAAGGGACUGAGCUGCGUUGGUGACAGAAGGGACCAAGUCACGUUGGUGAUUCAGACCCACAUGUGAAAGCCAGGAGUGGCGCUUCUUCAGGUGGCAAGGUUGAUGUCGCUGUCCCUCAGGACAAGGCUUCUGGAGGAGCUAGGAGUAAGUUCUCUGCGCAGUAGUCUUCUUUGUGAGGUUCGAUCAUGGAGAAGACAGAUGCUUAGCAAGAUGUGGCAAGUUCUUGCUAACUUUUGGCACAUUCAACUCCGCUCAACUAUCACUUGCUUUUGCGUGAAUGAACCAGUUGUAGGAAGAGAAUGCUCCGUUUGGUAAGUGAGAACCUCUGAUAUCCCUUCAGGAAGCUUUUUUCCUCAGUGAAUAUGUUUCCAUGUCUGUGCAUUGCUAUCAUCACUGCAAGUUCUGAGAAGAGUGAACAAGAACAGUCAAUCCUCCUCUUUUUUUUUUUUUUUUUUUUUUUUUUUUUUUUUUUUUUUUUUUU